AUGUGUAAUUUGGUUGCGGGUAUAACGGUCACCGUGGUGGGGGUUGUGCUGGUGGUGCUCACGUGUUCUCUGAGCUUCACCGUGGUCCCUGAUCUUGUCGAGAGCAUUAUAAUAAGUGAGGUGCAGCUCGAAAACAACACGGAGCAAUGGGAGCGCUUCGAGUCGAUUCCUUUCGGGCUGACGUUCAAUGUCCGGAUAUUCAACAUCAGCAACCCUAGCGAGGUCCUUGCGGGCGGCGUGCCAGUGGUCAUCGAGACCGGACCUUAUGUUUACAAGUCUUAUCAAAGUCGGAUCAUAGAGGGCGUGGAGGGCGACAAAGUGAUGUACCGAAAGAAGGAGUACCUAGAGUUCGACGCCGAGGCCUCUUUCCCUCUCUCACUCGACGACAAAGUGACCAUAGUCAACGUGGCUUACCAUAACAUCCUCCAAAUGGCAGAGACGUUGUUUCCUACACUAAUGAACCUCCUGCCAUUGGCAAUGGGCGGAGUGUUCGGGGUCCACAACAGUCCCAUAAUGACCGUCAGGGUCGGAGACUUGCUGUUCGAUGGCAUCCCCAUCUGCAAGGACCCUGGGUUACUUGGAAGCAUCGCGUGCAACCAGAUAAGACCUUUGGCAGCUGAUGUACAGAACAUCGAGGAGCUAGAGGAUGGUUCUCUAGAAUUCACCAUUCUCAGAUUUAAACACGAUAGACCGAGCGACCUGUACGUGGCCAGCCGCGGCGUGGACGACGUGAUGGACCUGGGUGUCAUCCGGUCCUUCAACGGCUCCUCCCACCUCGACUACUGGCUCAACUCGGACACAGACGAGCAAGGGCGCGAGGUGCCCAGCGCGCGCAACAUGCUCAACGGCACAGACGCGGGGAUAUUCCCGCCCUUCGUCAACAGGGACGAGCCACUCUACGCUUUCAACACUGAUGUGUGCCGGUCAGCGGAACUCCGGUACCAAUACGACACGUCAUACAAAGACAUACCAGUGGCGAGGUUCGCGGCCAACGAUUGGUUCUUGGAUAACCACCAGGGCUGCUUCUGCCUCAACAAGACGCGCGGUAUCAACCGUGACGAUGGGUGUCUCCUGUCCGGUGCUAUGGAGAUGUUCACCUGUAUAGAUAAGUCCAAGGUUCAAUCCCGUGGAAGCGAACAUAUGUUAUCAGGGCUCCAAAACUACCACGGGGUCAUGACCUUCAGCAAUGAGGAAUACGACGCAGAAAGAGUGUGCUUUUAG